GUCGAGCGCGGGCGGCGGGGCUGCGGGCGGCGGGCCGGGAGCAUGGCGGGUUGCUGCCGGCCGCUGGCGGCCUUCCUGUUCGAGUACAACACGCCGCGCAUCGUGCUCAUCCGCAGCCGGAAAGUGGGGCUCAUGAGCCGCGCGGUGCAGCUGCUCAUCCUGGCCUACGUCAUCGGAUGGGUGUUUGUGUGGAAAAAGGGCUACCAAGAAAUAGACUCGGUGGUCAGCUCAGUUACAACCAAGGCCAAGGGCAUAGCUGCGACCAACUCUUCCUACAUUGGAUUCCGGAUCUGGGAUGCGGCAGAUUAUGUGAUUCCAGUUCAGGAGGAGAACUCCCUCUUUAUCAUGACCAACAUGAUUAUCACCAAGAACCAAAGCCAGGGCAUCUGUCCAGAGGUUCCAGAUGAAACCACUGUGUGUGAGUCAGAUGCCAACUGUACCUCUGGCUCCGUCAGCACCCACAGCAGUGGAGUGGCCACUGGAAAAUGUGUGUGGUACAACAAGACCGUGAAGACGUGCCAGGUGGCCGCAUGGUGCCCAGUGGAGCACGACCUGAAUGUGCCGAAACCCGCCGUUUUAGGGGCCGCAGAAAACUUCACCAUUUUGGUCAAGAACAACAUCCUAUAUCCCAAAUUUAACUUCAGCAAGAGGAAUAUCCUCGCCACCAUCAACUCCACCUACCUCAAAUCCUGCAUUCACGACGUGAAAACGGAUCCCCUGUGCCCCAUAUUCCGCGUGGGCAAGAUUGUGGCGAGCGCCGGCCACAGCUUCGCGGACAUGGCCGUGGCGGGCGGCGUCAUGGGCAUCCAGGUCAACUGGGACUGCAACCUGGACAGAGCCGCCGCCCACUGCCGGCCCAAGUACUCCUUCCGCCGCCUCGACACCCCCGACGCGGACCACAACGUGUCUCCCGGCUACAACUUCCGGUUCGCCAAGUACUAUAACGACCUCUCUGGUUCUGAAUACCGGACCCUCAUCAAGGCAUACGGCAUCCGGUUCGACAUCAUCGUGUUUGGAAAGGCUGGGAAAUUUGGCAUCAUCCCCACCCUGAUCAACAUUGGCUCGGGCUUGGCGCUCCUAGGGGUGGGGACAGUGCUGUGUGACAUCAUAGUCCUCCACUGCCUGAAGAAAAGAUACUACUAUCAGGAGAAGAAAUAUAAAUAUGUGGAGGAUUAUGAAAAGGGCCUUCAUGGUGAGACAGACCAAUGAUGGCCACUCAACUGGGGCUCCCACGGCCCUCAUCAAGGCACAGUGAGAAGGGAGAGGAGCUGCCCGUUGCAAACCCAGGGAAAAUCCGAUCCACAUUGGGCCUCCACUCCACAAGUUGCCUAGGUUUCCAGCAGCUCCUGUUUCAUGUGUAGGAUUUGUUUGCCUGCUCUGCGGAGUAGGUCACCGGCUGUCCUUUGCCAGUCCCCUCUGUUGUUCCUGCGGCCUAGGGUGGCUGCAUGGAGCCCUGGCCCGAGGUCAGUCUUGCUACUGGGGCUUCCCGGGCUGGGGUCUCUCCAGAGGCUCUCAGGCUGCUCUCGUCAGAAGCCCAUCAGAAGCUCGCUCCAGCCUGCUAUGACACAUCCUGGCCUCUCCGGCACUGCCACCCUGUUCACGCACUAAGACGAGAAGGCCACCCGGGCUGUGGGCCAUGCCCGGGCUGCCACUUCUCUCCGGGAUGAGGCUCUGACCAUGCAAUCACGGGCUGAGUUAGGAAAAUUUCCCCUUUGAGAAGAGCUAUGUUGAUAUAAUUAAGGACCAAACAUUAAAAACCUAAAGAUGUUCUCGA